CACUCCUGUGGUUGAACCACAACAACACUGCUAAUAUAUAGUAGCUGCAUGGGAUAGCUUAGGUGGGCCACUGCCGUGGCCACAUACGCGACACACUAUAGCAACAACACACAUUAAAUCAAUAACAUGGGCUGGCACAUACAGAGGUAUAUCGCCAAGGCAGGGAGAGCCAUCAAUCCACUCGUAUGGCGGCGCGCGUGGAAGGACAACGAGGGCAAGCAAUUCAACCACGUGGCGGCCAAACUCGCCGAUCAACUCAACAACGAAAUUGCACAAAUAGCAAGAGUAUCGCAAUAUAGACACUGGUGGUGGGCGAACCCACUUGGAGCUGGACUCGUAUGCUACGGUGUAUACAAGUUCUGGUACAUGUCGUACAUGGCACACAAGCAGCGCACAGUGGCACAAGUAGUAGCACAUGCCUAUGGACAGGGUGGACAGUGGCUCAACCCAGUACCAAAGUGAUGGAGUACCAGGAAGCAACUGAGUCGGAGGAUGAGCGCCUGCUACAGCAGGAGCUAAGGGCCAUAGCCAUUUGUAAUUAUAAUGAUUCAUCAACUGG